AUGAUACUAAUGUCUCUAGUACAUUGGGCUCGUUGGUUGACUGUUAUUACCUACAUCAACAUGGUUCCUCCGAUAAAUACACUCGAGUCUUUGAUUGUUCCAAUUCCAAAGCCGGGGAUUUGUAUGCUUCCACAGCUUUACAAGAAAAGAAUCAAUAGCUGGCGUUUCCCAAACGCCAUUAACAACCAAAAAACCGCCGGAAAACUCAAUCACCGGCGUUUCAGACAAGAGUCAUCUAUACCGCCGUCGGGAAAUUUCUCGGCAUUUGGGCAAACGGCGGAAAUUGUAAAAUGA